UCUGCCUUUCUUCCGGAUUUCACAAAUCCAUCUUGCCUUUGCACCGCCGCCGCUCCGUCUGCCUUUCUUCUUGAUUUCUCCAGCCGAUCUGGUGGCUAAUGUCAGUCUCUACCUCAACUUUUUCAAAGGCAGCAAACUAGAUCCUUCGCUGGUAUAGUAGAUCAACAGCUUUUGGUGUUUUUCUAUCGGCAAGAGCCUCCGUACCGCCAUGCCAUCUGAAGAUUCUUCUACGUAGACAAUUUAGAGGCCGACAGUAUUUUGGCGCAGGUGACAGUAUGAGUCGCCGGUAUUUGAAUUUGAUAGUGCACGACUUCAGCAGUCGCAUCUAUUCUCUCUGCCGCAUUGACGUCCGCAAGCACCUCUUCUAGGAAAACUCAGAGAUGGCACGACGAGCAGCACAACCUGCCAUGGAGAAGAAGAGUAAACAAGGAGAGUUGUCAGCGAUGGGCGGCUGCAAAAGAUUGCCUCCGCCCGCGAUCAAUUUCCAAGCAUCGCCCAGUAUUCAAAACAAGACGGCGGCGUACUUGUUCUCUAUACUGGGAGGGGAGAGCAACAUCCUUUACUCUGACAACAACUGCCAGACCGCGCUCUGUAACCUUGACCUGAACACCAUCGAUCCCUUCGCUCCUCCCAGUUCACGGAAGAGCUGGAAUGUCAUCAGUCUCCCCAUAACCUCUCCCACAAAACCUCUGUCACUGUACGUCCUGAACCUCUCCCCCGAUGCCAAACCCGGUUGCUGCUUCGAGGUCCUCUCGCGCCGCGAGGAUGAACGGGCUCUUCCCAAGGAGUGGAGCUGGGAAAUCCUGCCGCCGCCGCCAUUUUUCCGCGAUCCAAAAACAGCCCCCGACUUGUAUUCUUAUGCCGUGGUCAGCGGUUCCACCAUAUGCAUUUCAUCUCUGGAGCAGGCCAUAGGCACCUACACCUUUGACACGGCGAGCAAGAAAUGGAGCCAGGCCACGCACUGGGCACUGCCCUUCUUUGGCAGAGCUGAGCAUGUCCCCGAGCUCGGCCUCUGGUUCGGGCUCUCAGCCCGCAACCCCUUCUCCAGCCUAUUUGCUCUGGAUCUCUCAGCAAUGGACCCUGGGCAGCCACCAAAGCUGCAGCAUACUUGGGAUUAUAUCGAUCUACCUGGGGAAGAGCCGUGGUCACCGUCCCAGCUGUACCUCUUCAGCCUUGGCUCAGGCAAGUUUUGUGUUGCCGCCUUCUUCGGCACCAAGUUGGGCACCUGUGGUAUGUCGGCGUACGAUUCAAACUAUGAAGCCACGUUUCACAGGGAGUGUGCCAUCUUCACCGGCCUGGAGGUGAAGCGCGGAAAUGAUGGCGAUGGUCCUCUCCAGUUUAUCAAGCACAUGUCCAAGCGUUUCAGCAUCGGAGACCGUAACAUCGAGUGUGUGCUGUGA